AGUCCUUUAACACAUGUUAAAAACAAGAAGGUGGUUGGGAGUAGCUGGCAUUGAUUUGCAAUCAGGAAAUCUGGCUUUAUGAACAUGAUAGUCUUCUACAACUAGCUUGGUGGGUCAGGGUACAGCACUAGGUGUUUGUCUCAGCUGUAGUAGGUCUUUUGACAUUUUCUCUGAUAACAUUCCACAGACAAACUGAUGAAGUAUGGGUUUGUUAAGGCACAGUGAGGUGAGUUGAAAACCGGGAAGGUUGUGAUUAGUGCCAAAUGGUCCAGCUGGAGGCAAAACAUUAGAGCUCCUUACGGUUUCACACUGCUGCCAGCAGUGAUUAAUGAGUCAGUGCACCCUACACAAGUCUGCAGCUGAUACAAAACUGGAAGGAGUGGCUGAAAUACCCCGUGGUUCUGAGGGAUCUGGUCAAGCUGGAGAAAUGUGCUGAGAGGAAUCUCAAGGAGUUCAGCCUGAGGAACCGACAUCCUUCUGUCAUUUGGUAUAUUAGAAGCUCUUUCCAGGAAAAUGAUAUAAAAGCAGCUCAUGAUUUUUGACAUUAAAAUCAAUUUGUAGCCAUCACCAAGAAUUAGGAUAAUUUUGCUGAGGAUAAGGAACACCUGUGUCCUUUGAGAAAGUGUAAGAUAAUAGAGAAAAAUGCUGAUCCUGAACAAAUGCUCUUGUCUUAUCUGCGAAAGAGGCUCUGUCUUACAGGAACUAAGUAUGGCUGUGGAGGAGGUGGCUGUGGUGCCUGCACAGUGAUGAUAUCAACUUAUGAGCCAGCUUCAAAGAAGAUACGACACUAUUCAGCCAAUGCAUGUUUGCUUCCCAUUUGUUCCUUGUACGGGGCAGCAGUGACUACAGUGGAAGGUGUUGGAAGUACAAAAACCAGGAUUCAUCCAGUUCAGGAAAGACUUGCCAAGUGCCAUGGCUCCCAGUGUGGUUUCUGCACACCUGGAAUGGUGAUGUCCAUAUACACAUUGCUAAGAAACCACCCAGAACCAACUUCGGAGCAGAUGAUUGCAGCUCUGGCUGGGAACUUGUGCCGCUGUACUGGAUACAGGCCAAUCCUAGAUGCCUGUAAAACUUUCUGUAAGGAAUCUAUUUGUUGUCAAAGGAAAGCAAAUGGAAAAUGUUGCUUGGAUCAGGAAGAUGACUUGUUUGACAAUAAAGAGAAGGUCUCCACCAGCCUGUUUUCAACAGAUGAAUUCCAGCCCUUAGAUCCCACCCAGGAGCUUAUAUUCCCUCCAGAACUAAUGAGAAUGGCAGAAAAUCAACCAAAAAGAACUCUGGUUUUUCAUGGGGAGCGAGUAACGUGGAUUUCUCCUGUAAGCUUGGAUGAACUGCUGGAUCUGAAAAUCGCCCACCCUAAAGCACCUCUUGUGGUUGGGAACACCGGUGUGGGACCUGACGUGAAAUUCAGAGGUGUGUUCCAUCCAGUUCUUAUUGCUCCUGCAAGGAUCCCAGAUCUGAAUGUGUUGAAAUACACAAAUGAUGGAUUAACUCUGGGAGCUGCCUGCAGCCUCUCUCUAGUGAAAGACAUCUUGACAAAUGCAAUUGCUGAGUUCCCUGAAGAGAAGACAAGGGUUUUCUGUGCAGUCUUGCAGCAAUUGAGAACUCUGGGCGGAGAACAGAUAAGAAAUGUUGCUUCAUUUGGUGGAAACAUCAUAAGUAGAAAAUCGACAUCAGACUUGAAUCCUGUUCUGGCAGCCAGCAACUGUAUGCUCAAUCUUGCUUCAAGAGGACAAAAGAGACAGAUUCCUAUGAGUGAUAUUUUUGCAGAUGGAGUUGGUAACAAUACCAUUACACCAGAAGAGGUCUUAGUCUCUAUCCAUAUUCCUUAUUCUAGGAAGGGGGAGUACGUCGCUGCAUUUCGACAAGCACCAAGACGGGAAAAUGCUCUUCCAAUAACCAAUGCUGGGAUGAGAGUCCUUUUUGAAGAGGGAACAGACAUUAUAAAGGAUCUAAGCAUUUUCUAUGGAGGUGCUGUCUUGACAACAGUCUGUGCAAAACAAACCUGUCAGACACUUACUGGAAGACACUGGAAUGAACAAAUGUUGGAUGAAGCAUGCAGACUUGUUCUUAAAGAAAUUGCUCUUCCAGGCUCAACUGAUGGUGAAAAUGUAGACUAUAAGAAAACUUUGAUGGUCAGUUUCUUCUACAGAUUUUUCCUGGAAGUAUCACAAUCAUUGAAGACAAUGGAUCCUUGCCAUUUUCCUGGCAUACCUAUGGAAUAUGGGAGUGUCCUAAAAGAUUUCAAAACCAGAAUGCCCCAGAGUAUCCAAAUAUACCAGGACGUAGGGCCGAGCCAGUCUCCCCAGGACCCUGUAGGACGGCCUGUUAUGCACCAGUCUGGGAUAAAGCAUGCCACUGGUGAAGCAGUCUACAUUGAUGACCUCCCUCCUGUGGAUGGGGAGCUUUUCCUGGCUGCUGUCACUAGUUCCAGAGCUCACGCUAAGAUUGUAUCUAUAGAUACCUCAGAGGCCCUAAAAGGAGCAGGUGUGUUUGAUGUCAUAACAGUUCAUGAUGUGCCAGCUGCAAAUGAAUUUUAUUUUUCUGAUGAUCCAGAGAUUAUAUUUGCAAGAAAUGAGGUGAUUUGUGUGGGUCAGAUUGUCUGUGCUGUAGUUGCAGAUUCAGAUGUUCAUGCCAAACAAGCAGCUGCAAAAGUGAAGAUAGAGUAUGAAAUGCUGGAACCAGUAAUUUUAACAAUUGAGGAAGCUAUAAAACACAACUCGUUCUUUGAACCAAAAAGAAAAUUAGAACAAGGAAAUGUUGAAGAGGCAUUUGAAACUGUAGAUAAUAUAAUUGAAGGGGAGAUUUGCAUUGGGGGACAGAAACACUUUUACAUGGAGACUCAGAGUAUGCUUGCUGUUCCAAAAGGAGAGGAUGAAGAAAUGGAUUUGUAUGUGUCAACACAGCAUCCAGCAAUUAUUCAGGAGAUGGUAGCUGCGAGUUUAGGUGUUCCAGCCAACAGGAUCAUGUGCCAUGUUAAACGAGUUGGUGGAGCUUUUGGUGGGAAAAUCCUGAGAACUGGCUUGCUGGCAUCAGUUGCUGCUGUGGCAGCAAACAAAACUAGCAGAGCAGUCCGUCUUAUUCUGAGCCGAGAGGAUGAUAUGGUAAUCACUGGUGGCCGACAUCCUUUCAUUGCUAAAUAUAAAGUUGGCUUCAUGAAUGAUGGUAGAAUCACAGCUGUGGAUGCCAAAUAUUAUGUUAAUGGAGGAUGUACCCCUGAUGAAUCUGUCCUGGUAGCAGAAGUAUCUUUAUUAAAAAUCGACAAUGCAUACAAGAUUCCCAACUUGAGAUGCUGGGCUUAUGUCUGCAAAACAAACUUGCCAUCAAAUACGGCCUUCCGAGGCUUUGGCUUUCCUCAAUCAGGACUGGUGACAGAAACUUGGAUAACAGAUGUUGCAGAUAAAACUGGUUUAUCACCAGAAAAGAUUAGGGAAAUAAAUAUGUAUAAGAAGAACGAGCAGACACACUUCAAACAAAAACUUGAUCCACAGAAUUUAAUACGAUGUUGGAACGAAUGUAUGGAAAAAUCUGCGUACUGCAGUAGGAGAACAGCUAUCAAUGAAUUUAACAAACAAAAUUACUGGAAGAAAAGAGGGAUUGCCAUUGUACCAAUGAAAUUUCCAUUUGGAGUAAGCACACCUUACCUUUCUCAGGCUGCUGCACUGGUUCAUAUUUAUACUGAUGGGUCUGUCCUUCUGACACAUGGUGGAAUUGAAAUGGGGCAGGGUAUUCAUACAAAAAUGAUCCAGGUUGCUAGUCGGGAAUUGAACAUCCCCAUGUCAUCUAUUCACUUCUGUGAAACGAGCACAACAACCGUUCCCAAUGCAUGUGCCUCAAUAGGAUCUGCAGGGACAGAUGUCAAUGGCAUGGCUGUGAAGGAUGCUUGUCAAACUCUUCUGAAACGCCUGCAGCCCAUCAUCAAGAAGAACCCAACAGGGACCUGGAAUGAUUGGAUUAAAGAAGCUUUUAAACAGAGUGUGAGCCUUUCAGCUACUGGCUAUUUUAGAGGUUACAAUGAAUACAUGGACUGGGAGAAAGGGGAAGGACAUCCAUUCACAUAUUUUAUUUUUGGAGCUGCUUGUUCAGAGGUUGAAAUUAACUGUCUAACAGGAGAUCACAAGAACCUCAGAACAGACAUUAUUAUGGACAUUGGAUGCAGCAUAAAUCCAGCUGUGGAUAUAGGACAGAUUGAAGGUGCUUUUGUUCAAGGCAUUGGACUGUACACAAUGGAGGAGUUAAAGUAUUCUUCAGAAGGAGUCCUCUAUACUCGGGGUCCAGAUCAGUAUAAGAUUCCUGCUGUUUGUGAUAUUCCAGAACAGUUUAGUGUUUCCCUGCUGUCAUCUUCUCAAAAUCCUUAUGCCAUCUAUGCAUCCAAGGGGAUAGGUGAGGCAGGAUUUUUCUUGGGAUGCUCUGUGUUCUUUGCUUUGAGAGAUGCAGUAACCAGUGUGAGGAAUGAAAGAGGACUGAAAAAGACCUUUGCACUGAACAGCCCCCUGACUGCUGAGCAAAUACGAGCAAACUGUGCUGAUGCCUUUACUGAGAUGGUAAGAGAAGGAAUUGGUGGCUUCAGUUUAAAACCUCCAGUCCAAAAAAAUUAUGUGUGCCAUGUGAAACAUGUUGGUGGAGCAUUUUGGGGGAAGGUACUAAACCAUCACUCUUUGUUGUAGUUGCAGCUGUGGCAGCCAACAAGUAAGUUGAUUUAACUAAAUCAAAGGAGUGAUAUAACUAAAAUUAAUUAAAGAUGACAAGACUAAAUUAAAAAGGAACUUCAGUCCUGAACCCUCCCUGGGGGGGUUAUCCCAAUGACAUCAUCUUUUUUAUCUCUUUGGCAGUAAGUCUUGGAUAGAGGCUUGAAAAUUCUCCGGUCUUUUGGCAAUGGUAUUCACUUACUGUCUGAAAGCCAGAACAAAGGCAUGGAGGCAGUUUCCCCCUGGUCUGAUCUGUAUAAAUCCCAACAAUUCAGGCCCCUCUGACUGUUUUCCAGUCACCAGAAGAUGAUGUACUAUCUCCAGGAACGCAUAAGAACCGUAGGCUUUCUUUGCAAAUAUCAUGGCCUCCACUGUCAGUUCCUGUAAUCU